CGCACUCACACGCACACGCGCGCGCGCAGCCCCUCCCGCCGCGGGCUCAGCGAGGGCGCUGGAGGAGCUGCGAAAGGCCAGGUCCGGCGGGCGGGGCGGCGGCUGGCACUGGCUCCGGACUCUGCCCGGCCAGGGCGGCGGCUCCAGCCGGGAGGGCGACGUGGAGCGGCCACGUGGAGCGGCCCGGGGGAGGCUGGCGGCUGCAGGCGAGGCGCGGGCGCCGCAGCAGCCGGGAGCGCCCACGGAGCUGGACUCCCAGCGCGGCGCGGCGCCACAGCAGUUCCAGGAACGAUGUUACCUUUGAUGAUGAGAGUGUUAAUCCUGCUGCUGCUCCCCACGGGUCAGGCUGCUCCAAAGGAUGGAGUCACAAGGCCAGACUCUGAAGUGCAGCAUCAGCUCCUGCCCAACCCCUUCCAGCCAGGCCGGGAGCAGCUCGGACUUCUGCAGAGCUACCUAAAGGGACUAGAAAGGACAGAAGUGCAGCCGGAGCAUCUGAGCCGGGAGCAGGUUUUCCUCUACCUCUUUGCCCUCCAUGACUAUGACCAGAGUGGACAGCUGGAUGGCCUGGAGCUGUUGUCCAUGUUGACAGCUGCUUUGGCCCCUGGAGCUGCCAACUCUCCUACCACCAACCCGGUGAUCUUGAUAGUGGACAAAGUGCUCGAGACCCAGGACCUGAAUGGGGAUGGGCUCAUGACCCCUGCUGAGCUCAUCAACUUCCCGGGAGAGGCCCCCAGUCACGUGGAGCCUGGAGAGCUCCUUGCUCCAUCGCCUCAGGAGCCACAAGCUGUUGGGAGGCAGUCCCUGUUAGCUAAAAGCCCAUUAAGACAAGAAACACAGGAAGCCCCAGGUCCCAGAGAAGAAGCAGAGGGCCAGGUAGAGGCCAGAAGGGAGUCUUUGGAUCCUGUCCAAGAGCCUGGGGGCCAGGCAGAGGCUGAAGGAGAUGUUCCAGGGCCCAGAGGGGAAGCUGGGGGCCAGGCAGAGGCUGAAGAUGUUCCAGGGCCCAGAGGGGAAGCUGGGGGCCAGGCAGAGGCUGAAGAUGUUCCAGGGCCCAGAGGGGAAGCUGGGGGCCAGGCAGAGGCCAGGGAGAAUGGAGAGGAGGCCAAGGAACUUCCAGGGGAAACACUGGAGUCUAAGAACAUCCCAAAUGAGUUUGAGGUGCAUAUUGUUCAACUGGAGAAUGAUGAGAUCUAGAUCUCGAAGAUACAGGUACCCCACGAUGUCUCAGUUUCAGAACAUAAGCCCUGAAGUGGGCAGGGGAAUGUACGCUGGGACAAGGACCACCUCUGUGCCCCCUGUCUGGUCCCAGUAGGUAUCAGGUCUUUCUGUGCAACUCAGGGAGACCCUAAGUUAAGGGACAGAUUGCCAAUAAAGAACUGAAUGAAUUCAUCCCCCUGGGCCACCUCUCUACCCGUCCAGCCUGCCCAGACCCUCUUAGGGGAACAGGGGGUUGGGGACACCGAAAGGACAGGGAUGCCGCCUUCCCAGUGUUUCUGGGCCUCACGGUGCUCCGGCAGCAGAGCACAUAGUGCCAGCCAUGGCCAGCUGCAGAGCGCCCGGUGAGGGAAGCUCAGUCUAUCCCUGAGCCCCAGACACUCUCUGGUUCCCCCCCAGCUGGUGUUCAGACACCCCAUGCUCUCCUGCAGCUCAGGGCAGGUGGCCCCAUCACCCUGUAUCUGCCCCCCACCCCCAGUAAUGUUAAUCAUCACUAAAACUUUCUAAGAGCCUCGUACACAUCAGGCAUCAUGCUGGGCAUUUUAUAUAUUACAUGAUUUUAUCCUCGCAAUAAUUCUGUAGCCAGGCAGAAUUGGCUCCAUUUGACAGAUGAAGAAAUUGAGGCAGAUUGUGUUAAGUGCUGUACCCUAAGGUGACAUGCAGCUAAUUAAAUGGCAGAUUUGAA